AUGUUCAUCAACUGGGCGCACUUUCUGAUUCCCAAAAUCUUUUUCAUCCUUUCCUUCAUCGCUAAUCCCCUUUUUGUGUAUCUUAUCUCUACGGAAAGCACUUUCCCGUUUGGCAAUUAUCGAUUUCUUCUUUAUUUUUUCGCAAUUUUUAACAUGUUGUCAUCGGUAGUGGAUGUAGUCGCUCCGAUUUGCGUUUACACAUACCGCUACGCUACAGUAGUCUUUCUAACAGAUGGACCAUUCGAAGAGAGAUCUCGCAUUGGCGACUUCCUCGUUGCUGCCCGUUGUGCGUUCAUCUCCGGAACCUAUGGAAUCCUCAAUGCUCAUUUCCUUUAUCGAUUCAUGUCUCUUCGAUACAAUUAUAUAAUUUUAGAGUUUUUCAACCCUUAUGGUCUUAUUCUUUCAGUAUACUGGGUUCUUAUUCAUUGGACCCUUUGGAUGAUUGUAAAUGACACAUUAAUGACCUCAGAUCCAGAAUUAAGAGACUAUGUAAAAAUUGAGUUUGAGCAAUAUUACAACGUUCAUAUUGAAGAUGUCAAUAUCAAAAUGGUGGUUUUCUCGGAAGUCUCCGACGACCUUGUAUAUCGGUCCUGGAUUGGAACUAUUUGUGAAACUCUCCUCGCGUCAUAUUCCAUAAAUUUAUACUUUAUUUUGGGAUACAAAAUAAUGUCCCGGUUGAACAAGGGCCUCUCCACAAUGAGCAAUAAAACCCUUCAAAUUCAACGACGUCUUUUUUGGGCCCUUUUUAUACAAACUGCGAUUCCGGUUUGUGUCAGCUUUACACCUUGUACAGUAUCCCUGUACAGUUCGGCGUUUCGAGUGGAUUUUAUGAGCCAUUUCAACUGGGUCGCUUCUGUUGCUGUUUCCACGUUUUCACUUUUCGAUCCACUUGCUGUGAUCCUUUGUCUGCCAGCACUCAGAAAUCGAUUUUUCUUGAUUUUUGGAAUCGAUCUGAAAUCUAGUUCUACGAAUCAAAUCCCAAGUAUUAUCAGACUUUGA